AUUUUUCCUCCUUCAAUCAUAGACUUCGAUAUUUCUUUCACUUUUCUCAAUUCUUCAUUUCCAAAUCCAAAAACUUUAUUAAAAAAAAAAAUCGAAUGGGUUUUGCUAUGAUCAACUCAUCAACUUCUUUACAUCCAUGUUUUUCAUCACCCAUAAUAAAAAAGACAAAUUACGCACCUAGAUUUACGAAACGAUUCGAUUUUUCUCGCUCUCGAAUCGUUUCUUUGAGCUCAGCAUCUUCAGCAACGCCGCCAUCUCCCAGUGAAUCGGUUACCCCACUUGUCGGAAAUUCCCCCAAUUCAUCAAACCCUAAUCUAAGUAACUCUGCUAAUGGGAGCCCUUUUGUUAAAUUUGUUCAAUCCGCUGAGUCUACUAUUGAAAGGAUUAUAUUCGACUUCCGGUUCUUGGCACUUCUUGCUGUUGGAGGGUCACUAGCUGGUUCAGUGCUAUGUUUCAUGAAUGGUUGUGUAUAUGUUGCUGACGCGUAUAGAAUUUAUUGGACAUCCUGUCUCAAAGGAAAUCACAGUGGAAAUAUGGUCCUCCGGUUGGUGGAAGCUAUUGAUGUGUAUCUUGCCGGAACUGUUAUGUUGGUAUUUGCUAUGGGUUUGUAUGGGUUAUUCAUCAGUAAUUCCUCUGGCGAUGUGCAUCCAAGUUCUGAUAGGGCCCUGAAGGGCUCAUCCUUGUUUGGAAUGUUCGCUCUGAAGGAGAGGCCUAGGUGGAUGAAAAUUAGCUCCCUUGGCGAACUGAAAACAAAAGUGGGACACGUCAUUGUGAUGAUUCUCAUAGUAAAGAUGUUCGAGAGGAGCAAGAUGGUGACAAUAGCCACUGGCAUGGAUCUGCUGAGUUAUGCUGUCUGCAUUUUCCUGUCGUCUGCUUCGUUGUAUAUCCUUCACAAUCUGCACAAGUCAGAUGAAAACGGCCAUCAUGUCCCUUCUUAACGGAUCGAUCAUCUUUCUCAAACUCCAGUAUCAAGAUCAAAAAGAUCAAAAAGGAAAAGGGGGUAACAAAAUGCGUCUGCCGGGAGUCGAACCCGGGUCUAUUGCUUGGAAGGCAAUUAUCCUAACCGUUGGACUACAGACGCUUGUUGUUGUUGACAAAUAUUACAUACUAUAUCAUUUCUAACGAGGGAAUAAGUUGUUUAGAUUGUCUUUCCAGCUGGAAUGUUUUCUGAAGACAUGUAAGUGCUUUUUUAAUCAACUAGUGUUGCUUAGACCGCACGCUACGCGUGGGGUUUCGCAAGACAAAAAUAAAUUGUUAAAUAUAUGAAGAAUUUGUUGGAAA